AUGCUUGUUACAAAACACGCUGCUGAGCUUUGUGCUCUUCUAGUUAACGACCUCCAUGGCGAACUUCCUUCGCGAAUCUUGAAUGCGCUACUGACCAAAGGCCGCUCGACGAUCGCGCAACUGAUCCAAUAUACCUCUCUCACACCGAAGUACUUGCGAAAUGGCCUCGCUGUCCUGAUCCAGCAAAACCUCCUUUACCAUCAUACAGACCCCAAUACCAACGUCACGAGCUACCAAGCGAAUGCGGAUGCGUGCUACAACCUUGCUCGGUCAGGAAAGAUUUUGUAUAUCAUAGAAAAUCAAUAUGGCAUCGCCGAACGAGAACUUGCCCAGACCCUGAUGCAACUGGGCCAUGCGCGAAUCGCAGAUCUUUCCCAAGCUUUCGGCUCAAGAGCGCCCAAAGUUAAUGGGCACACCAAUGGUGAUCAUGACUCACACGACGGACUCAUUGAGUCAGAAGGCCACCUGAACUCGGUUCUAGUUCGCCUGAUUCGAUCGGAAAUUGUUGAGACUGUCCGGCCGGAAAGCUUCCGCAACCCUCAAGAUGCGUAUCGUGAGAUCGAAGACGAUGUUACCAAGCCUCGACCGGGCGAGAAAGUCACCAAGGGCAAGGCUGACGCCCAACGCGAGAUUAUUGAUCGUACCAGGACUUGGAGGGACCAACCUAAGACACUCAAACGUCAACUUGAUAUGAGCGGAGGACCGAAACCGAAAAGAAGAAAACUUACUAAUGGAGCAUCGCAAAACGGCCAUGACUACGAUGCUCCGAAGCUGAAUCCUAACGUGAUAGUCAGAAUAAACUACGAGAGAUGUUUAGUUGAGCUACGGAACCAACGACUUGCGGAAUUUGCAACGGAAAUGCUUGGAGAAGUCACUGGCGAGGUCUAUCGCACAGUUCUCGACCUCUUGACCUCGGAUCUUCCUAGGUGCCGGCCAGAUCCUCUACUCGAUGAAGUGGCGGCCGGUCAACAGCCGACCGUUACGACUAUCGACAUCUUCGAACACCUGGAUGAAGACGUGAACGUGCAGGCCGGAAUUGGCAAAACUCCAAGGGACAAGAUUGAUUCUCAGAGCGCGGAGAGGAUCAGAGAGACUGUGCCGGAGUCGGAUGAUGACUCGGAUGAUUCAGACGCCGGUCCCCCUGGCAGAAAAAAGACCUUCGACGUUGAUGAGGAAGAAGAUGAUGAAUGGGCCGAGGACGACGAAGAACACGGGGCGACGAAUGGACAACAGGAGAACAAAGUACGAUUCGAAGACGCUACAAAUGGGAACGAUAGUCGAAUCUCGCAAAUGCGUCGCCAUCUUCUCUUACUUGCGGAAAGCAAGUACCCGUUCAUUCGUCAUUGUGGAAUGUAUGGCCGUGGACAGUGGACCGUGGACUUUGAUCGCCUGGUGAGCAAAUUGCGAGAAAUAGAGCUCGAUGCUAUCAUUGAGCAGUCGCAUGGCCGACAUGGUCUACGUUUGACCCGCAUUCUCCGGGAGAAGGGCAAGCUCGACGAGAAGAUGCUUCCAGCCGCCGCACUCAUGAAGAAGGGCGACGUGCAGGGUAAAAUGCUUGCGAUGCAGAUGGCGGGCAUAGUCGAUGUGCAAGAAGUGCCCAAGGACAGCAGUCGGCUUGCCAAUCGCACCUUAUUCUUCUGGUAUUUCGACAAGGAGCGGGCUCAGACGCAGAUACUGGAUGAUAUAUACAAAGCUAUGCUCCGAUGCUUGCAAACGCUUGAGGUCGAGCGCCACAAAGAACGCAACAUCCUCUCAUUCGUUGAGAGAAAGGAUGUACAGGGCAAAGAAGAAGAGGUCAUGACGGCAGAGCAUUACAACAAGUACAACACACAUCUCGAGGUGCAGAAUAAGCUGCUCGGGCAAGUCAUGCGUUUGGAUGAGUUGGUGUCUGUACUUCGCGACUACUAA